GCCGUUCUUCAAUCCUACACACCGCAGUCCGCUGCGACGAAGCUAUAAAACACGUUUCGCCCCGCCAUCGGCAAGCUGUAUCCCGCCCGAUCUUCAAAUUGCCUCUUCCAACUUCGCAUCUCUGUCCCCUUUUUAGCCAGCAGCGCCAGAGACAUUCCCCCCGCCAUCAUAAUGGGCCUGCUCCAGACUGUCGGUCUUCGGAGGCGUAUUAAAUGGGAGCGACUCACCGUCCUUGACCAAUUGCUCCUUUCGCCGUUCACCUUCAUCAUUAUUCAAAUCUACCAUAUCCUCCUCUUCCUUCGCGGCAAACCUUUCAAUCCCCCACGCAAUAAGCAGCCGGUCAAGGUCGUCUGCAUUUCUGACACCCACGAUCUAACUGUCGAUGUUCCUCCGGGCGAUAUCCUGAUCCACGCCGGUGACCUAACAAAUGAUGGCACUGUAGUCGACCUCCAGAAGCAAAUUGACUGGCUCAAGAGCUUCCCACAUCCCGUCAAAAUUGUCGUCUGUGGAAAUCACGACAGCUACUUUGAUCCCACUAGCCGCAAAGAGGUCGACAUCAGAAGUGGUGCCAAGGUUGAUUUUGGUGAUAUUUUGUAUUUGGAAGGCGAUAUGACUGUCCAAAAAGUCAAGGGCCGAAAGAUUUCCAUCUUUGGAGCACCAGAUAUCCCCAAAUGCGGUGCAAAGGACUUUGCUUUCCAGUACACAGACGAGACUCAGCCAUGGGCUGGCAGAAUACCUCUCGAAACAGAUAUUCUCAUCACGCAUGGUCCUCCGAAACAUCAUCUCGAUCUCGAUCUGGGCUGCCCGCAUCUGCUACAAGAAGUAUGGAGAGUACGCCCGCGACUACACGUAUUCGGUCACUGUCACUGGGACUAUGGAAAGGAGGCGGUAUACUUUGAUGAGAUGCAGCACGCGUUCGAGAGAGUGCUGGGCAACAGACGGCGUGGGAUCAUAUCCGACUUCAUUCCCAACGAAGGCUGGCUUGACAUGUUUGAGGUUGUCUUUUACGGUGUACAGGCCGUUCUUUGGAAAUGGCUUAUGGGCGGCCCUAACAGCAACAACGGCGGCCUCAUGGUAAACGCAGCGCAAAUGUACGGCAACACCGGCCGAGUAAAAAGUCGCGCGAUCGUUGUCGAAAUUUAAAAGAAAGUAUUAUAUUACAAGUACAUAGACCAAUCCAAGGCAAGUUCUACUUGAUCAACUGCUAAGCUUGUGCACUUGUAUAUCCUAGAGCAAUAAGGAGCUGCCCGCUAUAAUACAGAAUCCAGACAGCAUGUUGCAUGGGACUGCGCAGGGCCGAGUCCUUGGGCAGGACGAAUUCGUCAGUAGACAGAAUAGCGUCAGACAAUGCAAACAGCGUGGCUCCUCCGACAAUGAUAGAGUCAUCCACCGUCAGCACAGAUAACACCAUGACGAGAAUGGUUGACGAGUAGGCAAGAAUGGGCACCUGCAACUUGGGGUUCACACGAGGCAUCAAAAUGCUGCUCUGAACUGGAGCAAGCAGCAACAUGAAGCCUGCCAAUCCCUGGCGCCAUGGUUCCGCCCAUAUCUGCUCCAAACCGCCUCCAGCGCGCACAAAAAGGCCAAUAUAGAAGAGAUGUGCUACCAGGAAGCUACUGAGGCCCUUCAAAAAGGCUUCAUCUCCAGGCCAGGCUAAGAAUGCAUCGCCGAGGGAACCCAGCAACAACGCCGGAAUAAUGAGUGUAUUUCCCCCGCGCAGAUAUGCGAAAAGGCCUAGUAAUGUCGUGGAGGCUGUCUUGAAUACCAUGCGCGUAGCACUAGGCGCAGCUCUGACAUUGAUCAAGUAUAGAAACGAUAGAGUCAGAGACGCGAUCAGGGCGGCGCCAUCCGUCGAGUCGAGGGAGACAUCAAUGGUCGGCAUGAUGAUUGAGUGAAGCUGUUUGAUAUUGAUGACAGAAAGAUAAAGAAGAUAUCGGCUAUUGGUCACGAGAGCGAUUACUGAAUCAGCACAGCUUCAUGUCUACUUUUGUGGAAGGAGGAAAAGCAAAGCGUUGUGGGGGA